CACAGAGACAGAGGCAAGCACGGACAAACAGGACCAGCGUCUCUACUCCGCUUCUCUCUUCCCUCCAUCUCUCUGUGCGUUCUCUCCGUUCUUCUCUUCUGGAGGAUCUCCAUCGCUGUCUCUCGCCGGAGCAGAACGACAGCAUAAUCUUCUCUCUUCUACCUCCAUCUCCUCUCCAUCUCUCUCUCUCUCCCUCUCCUCUCCAUCUCUCUCCCUUCCUCUCCAUCUCUCUCUCUCUGUCUUUCGAUUUGUUUUCUCCAGGAGGAGAACAACACAUCGCCCUUCUUUCCUUCUCUCUUUCCCUCCUCUGUCUCUCUCUCUCCCUCUCUCUUUCUCUCCGUUGCUCUGUCCAUCUCUGCGUGCAGAGCUCCGAGGGGACGGCAUGGAGGACACGCUCACCUGCAGCACCACUACCUUCUCGCAGGUGUUUGGACGUCAGGGACAGCUCAUGCAAGCCACCGUGCAGUCCCCUGAACAGCUUGAAUGACCAGAUCGCCCACUUCAUGGUGACGCGGCCGAGCACACUGACCCACGAGGACCAGGCGUUCCUGCCCAGCGAGAAGGACACACUCAAGCAGUCCAUGGCUCUGAUGAGGCACCUGCUGAUGGAUGCACAGGGCAAGAUCCUGAAGAUGAUGGAGGACAACAAGCAGCUGGCGCUGCGCAUCGACGGGGCCAUCCAGUCCGCCAGCCAGGAGGUGACCAACCUGCGCUCAGAACUGACCGCCACCAGCCGUCGCCUCGCCGAGCUGACCAGCCCAGACGCCAACCAGCACCACAACCACAACCCGGCUGUGCACCAUCGGCAGAAGGCCUUAAUGUCCGACAUCUGCUUUCAGACGGAGAUGAGCAGCCUCAUGGAUUUCAGCACGCCGGACUCCACCCUGGACAAAGUGUUGCUGCGUGAGGAGGUGGUGCAGCUGCAGGAGGAGGUGUCGCUGCUGAAGCAGAUGAAGGAGAUGCUGAGUAAGGACCUGGAGGAGGCGCACGGGGGCUCCUCCAACCUCCUCUCCGUCACAGAGCUCCGCGUGCAGCUGGGGGAGAAGGAGCAGGAGCUGGACCGGGCCAAGGAGGCCCUGCAAGCCAUGAAGGCGGAUCGUAAGCGUCUGAAGGUGGAGAAGGCCGACCUGGUGAACCAGAUGCAGCAGGUGUAUUCCACCCUGGAGAGCAGAGAGGAGCAGCUACGGGAGUUCAUCAGGAACUACGACCAGCACAGAAAGGAGAGUGAGGAUGCGGUGAAGACUCUGGCGAAGGAGAAGGAUCAGCUGGAGAGGGAGAAGUGGGACCUGCGGCGCCAGACCAAAGAGGCCACGACGGAACACACCGGAAUCCUGCGCUCACAACUGGACCUGAAAGAGAACAGGAUCAAAGAGCUGGAGGCCGAGCUUACCAUGGCGAAGCAGUCUCUGGCCACUCUGACUAAAGACGUGCCAAAGCGCCACUCGCUGGCGAUGCCGACGGAGCCGGUUGUCAACGGCAGCCAGGAGUGGGUGAUGGGGACGGACCUGCCGCUGACCGCUGCCAUACGGCAGAGCCAGCAGACGCUAUACCACUCACACCCUGCAGACAGACAAGCUGCUCUGAGGGUAAGCCCCUGUCACUCGAGGCAACCUUCCGUCAUAUCUGAUGCUUCUGUUGCCGAUGGCGACCGCUCGUCCACUCCGAGUGACAUCAACUCUCCGCGGCACCGGACCCACUCUCUCUGCAAUGUAAGCUCUCCCUCUCCUCUCUCUCUCUCUCUCUCUCCCUCUCUCUCCCUCUCUCUCUCCCAGUCCAUGGAGGACCUGGAGGAUCAGAAACGUAAGAAGAAGAAGGAUAAGAUGACGCUGGGUUCGCUCUCGCGGGUCUUCGCUCGGGGCAAGCAGCGCAUCCUGGAGCCUGGCCUCUUCGAUGGUACUAGCACCCCAGACUACUACAUAGAGGAAGAUGCAGACUGGUGAAGGAGGGCUGUGUGUGUGUGUGUGUGUGUGUGUGUGUGUGUGUCUGUGUGUGUGAGAGUAAGAAUGUGAGGUUAAUAUGAGUCGGAGUGUGUGUGUGUUUGUGUGUGUGUGUGUGUGUGUGUGUGAGCUAGUGUGUAUGAGAAUACCAGAAGAAAGAGAACGGCUGUCUCUAUGACCUGUAAAUAGUAAACUGAAGAAUAAGUGUAUGUAAAUGAAAUAUAUAUUUAUAUAUGUAUGCAUAUGUACAUAUGUUUACAUGCAUAUAAAUAUAUACCUGGGGUUAUUCCACGUGGAUAUGUUCUAUGCUGUGUCAUGAAGCUUAUUUGGUCUGUUUUUUGUUUUUUUUAUAACUGGAGACACAGGCUACUUCUGAGUGUCUGUACAUAGCAGGACUCGUGCACCUUGUGUUCUGCAGAUGUCCUGGACAUGACACGCCACAUUCAGUCUGCAAAUGUCCUGGACAUGGUGUGUGUGUGUGUGUGUGUGUGUGUGUGUGUGUGUGUGUGUGUGUGUGUGUGACACACCGCAUUCAGUCUGUCUGGAGAGACUUGCUUUGGUUGCACUUCAUCUUGCUGCUUCAUUCAGCUUAGCACAGGACCAGUCCCUUGUACACACAUCAACACACACACAUGCACACACAUCAACACACACACAUGCACACACAUCAACACACACACAUGCACACAAACAUCCAACCAUGACCUCCGGCUGGCUAUGUUGUUAUGUAUUACAGUGUUCUGCUGCCUGUGUACGCACAUGAGUGUGUGUGUGUGUGUGUGUGUGUGUGUGUGUGUGUGUGUGUGUGUGUGUGUGUGUUUGUGUGUUUGUGUGUGUGAGAGAGAGAGAGAGUGUGUGUGUGUGUGUGUGUGCGUGUGUG